AUGUCGUACCUGUCGCUCGCCCCCUUCGUCCGCUCGCAGCCGUGGCUGAACAGCCUGCUGAAGCCCGUCGCCAGCUGGUACGUCGGCCUGGCCGGUUACCGCCAGCUCGGUCUGCGUGCCGACGAUCUGAUCCCCGAGGAAAGCGAUGUCGUCCAGGCGGCCAUCAAGCGCCUCCCCGCCCAGGAGAACUACGACCGCAUCUACCGCAUGCGCCGCGCCGUGCAGCUGAGCAUACAGCACAAGCUGCUGCCCAAGGAGCAGUGGACCAAGGCCGAGGAGGACGUGCCGUACCUGGGCCCGCUCAUCGAGCAGAUCGAGGCCGAGAUCAAGGAGCGCCAUGAGCUUGACAACGUUGAGAUCAUCAAGAGCCACUAA